AUGAGGUGCUGGGAUGGGAGGGUGAGUGCUGGGAGGGUGAGUGCUGGGAGGGUGAGUGCUGGGUUGGUGAGUGCUGGGAGGGUGAGUGCUGGGAGGGUGAGUGCUGGGAGGGUGAGUGCUGGGAGGGUGAGUGCUGGGAGGGUGAGUGCUGGGAGGGUGAGUGCUGGGAUGGUGAGUGCUGGGAUGGUGAGUGCUGGGAGGGUGAGUGCUGGGAUGGUGAGUGCUGGGAGGGUGAGUUCUGUGACGCUGUGGGUGAGUGCUGGGAGGGUGAGUGCUGGGAGGGUGAGUGCUGGGUUGGAUCAUGCUGGGAUGGUGAGUGCUGGGAGGGUGAGUGCUGGGAUGGUGAGUGCUGGGAGGGUGAGUGCUGGGAGGGUGAGUGCUGGGAGGGUGAGUGCUGGGAGGGUGAGUGCUGGGAGGGUGAGUUCUGGGAGGGUGAGUGCUGGGAGGGUGAGUGCUGGGAGGGUGAGUGCUGGGAGGGUGAGUGCUGGGAUGGUGAGUGCUGGGAUGGUGAGUGUUGGGAGGGUGAGUGCUGGGAUGGGUGAGUGCUGGGAGGGUGAGUGCUGGGAUGGAUCAUGCUGGGAGGGUGAGUGCUGGGAGGUGAGUGCUGGGAGGGUGAGUUCUGUGACGGUGUGGUGCUGGGAUGGUGAGUGCUGGGAGGGUGAGUGCUGGGAUGGUGAGUGCUGGGAGGGUGAGUGCUGGGAGGUGAGUGCUAGGAGGGUGAGUUCUGGGAUGGUGAGUGCUGGGAGGGUGAGUGCUGGGAUGGUGAGUGCUGGGAGGGUGAGUGCUGGGAGGGUGAGUUCGGGGAUGGUGUGUGCUGGGAGGUGCUGGGAUGGUGAGUGCUGGGAGGGUGAGUGCUGGGAGGUGAGUGCUGGGAGGGUGAGUUCUGUGACGGUGUGGUGCUGGGAUGGUGAGUGCUGGGAGGGGGAGGGAGGUGCUGGGAUGGGGAGGGAAGAGGAUGUGGAUGAGUAG